AUGGUGUACAGAGAGUCGAGAUAUUACUAUUCUGAUCGAUACAGAGGUGAUGGGAGUAGUAGAUAUAACGAUGAUGCUCAUUCUGGCAGACCCAGCAGACCUCGAGGACCUAAUAAUUCUAACUCUAUAAGUCCUACCGAUGAUAUUUCUUUGCUACCUAAUAAUCAGUCUUCUGCUGUGCAGGGUUACCGCGACCUUCAUAAACACGAUUAUUACACACCAAUCAGUCAAAGAUCAUCUACUUAUUCUUUGGAUAUGAGUCGAACCGGCACGGAGGAGAAUUCGACUCUUAGUCAUGAGGUUGAUAGAUAUGAUUAUGACAACAAGUUGUCAAGAAAAGAGUCAUACGAACAAGGAACACCAUUGCCCAAAGAUUACAACUAUACUGACAUCCCAGAGCAGAAUCACUCGUCAAUUAAGAUUGCUGAAGCUGGUCGGCCAUCGAGUCAAUCGGUGAAGAGCUUCAAAUUGGUGAUAAAAAAGCAAGAUGGAAGACCCGCUAACAGUAAUGGUAAACUUCCUCCUUCAGUUCUUGAACCUAUCAAGGCCUUUUCAAGAGACGUUCAUGAUCCUCGACUGAACGGAGAUAUAGGAUAUGAAAAGGGACGUUCCAAAACAUUGCACAAAAAAAUUGAUUCAUUGAUCCCUGUUCAUUAUACCUAUGACAAAAAACAUUCGGUGGGGCCAAAACCGUCCGGAGAAUUGGUGAUAUGGAACUUCCCACCAACUACUUCCAUAAUGAUUAUAAAGAAUUAUUUUAUUCCUUUUGGAGAUGUGAGAGAAGUUCAUGGUGUGGACGAUCCAAGAACCGCUGUGCCUUUAGGUGUCUGCUUACUUUUAUUUGACGGUGAUCCCACUAUAGCUCAUGAAGCGGCAUCAAAGGCUGUUUCUUCCACCAAUAAUAUUCUUUCCGUUGGUGGUCAGGCUAUUAAAUGUGGCGUGAACAUUGGAAACAAACUUUACCAUGAGAUUUUCGACCGAGUAAUGGAGGACAAGAAAGAGAAGGAGAUGAAAGAAGGACGAGAAAUGGAACGAAAAAGAGAUUUGGAGUUGAAAAGGCAAAGAGAAAAAGCAGUUGAACGUAAAGCCCAAAACGUACUUCACAAAGAUCCCGAGAGAGAAUCCAAAGCGGAAAUGACCUCGACUGUGAAUACUAUGAAUGCAGGCCUUAUUAAUCUUUCAAUACAUGACAGACAUAUCAAACCUUUCUCAUCAGCAGAUCUUCCUCCAGGCUUCUUAAAGUUCAUUGCUGGCAGGCCAUUCAUAUGGAUUCCAGACCAGUACGUUAACACACGUAAUGUUGGAUCGUCUACUAUUCGAAAAAUUGUUGCUGCGUACAACUGCGACAGGAUAUUGACGCAUAGAACGGGUUUCUAUGUAGUAUUUGAUAGGUUGGACGAUGCCCAAAAAUGUUUUGAUACAGAGGAUGGGAAAAAAGUUAUGAGAUAUCGCAUGCUUAUGACGUUCUAUGUUCCAGAUGAUAUGAUGUUGCACACUAGAAUUGGUGACGAAAUUAGUGCAGUUGGUCAAUCGAAGGCCUACCUUUUGGGUGAACUAAGAAAUUAUUUAUUGAAGGAUUUGCGGGAAAAGGUCAUUGGACCGAAGGUGUUGAAUAUUAUCGGUACCGAUAGGUAUAGAAGCCAUAUCGAUGCGUACAAGAAGCUAAUAGCGAAGAGAAAGGAAAACGAAAUUAUGAAACAACAAGCAAAGUUAGAGCACGAGAAGGUAGAAGAUGAUAUGAUUAGUAAGUUGCCAAUCGGAUUGGCCCCUGUUAGAGUCAAUCAUCAAUCGGCCGACAUCGCUUCUUUGACAUCUUUCAGAAGAAAGAGAAACGGUAAUAACUCAAAGAUCAUUCAUCGUUUACCUCGCAAAAGAUACAUCACGAAGAGAAAUGCCAUGCCUAUGUCACAUGUCUUAAACGAGUCAGAUGGAGAGGACAAUGAUGAAGAUGACGAAGAUGACGAAGAUGGAGAAGAAGAUGAAGAAUCGGAAGACAUAGAAGCAACAAUCCCAGCUGUGGAGGAUAAAUCCGCAAAGCGCAAACUUGAAGACGUCGUUCAAAUCGGUAAGAGAAGAAAAGUGAAGGACAGUUCAAUAUCCUCUUCCGAGGAGGAGAUGAAGGCCGUUCUUUCUUCACAGCCAACAUCUCCGGAGAACGAGGUCAGUGCAGCAUUGAAAUCCGAGUACUUCGGCGUUGACGAGAGAUAUAGGCCUGUGUUGGGUAGUCCAAUUCCUGUUUGUAAGGACAAAUUAGAUGUAACAUCACCAAAUUUAGAUUGGAUUCAGAAUAUAAUAAGGGAUGACGAGGACCUAAAGUUGUUCCGUACUUUCAGUCAGCAUAUCGCUUCCGCGUCAACGAUAGUCAAGGAUGUUAGAUAUUUGUGUUGGAAGAAGAAGCAUGAAAAAGAGACAGAAGACAAACUAUUAGGGGAUAGCGAGAAAAGGCAAAACGAGGGUCUUUCUGACUUCAUCAAUGAAGUGGUAAAUAACAAUGAGUUGCGCAGUUCCACUGGCUGUUUCAGGACCACAGGCUAUAGAAAAAUUCCCGAUAGACUCAAGACUGACUAUUUACCUUAUCGAAGAAGAAUCAAAAAGCCUUUGAGCACAAUUGAGAACGAGGAUGAUAAUGAUUCUACUGCUCAGUCGAGUAGUGUUCACAGUUCUAGAGUGAAUCGUGCCAUUAGCAGAAGGUUUGCAGCGGGUAUUUCUGCUCAGAAGCAAAUGUUAGGAUCAGAGUCAGACUUAUUGGAAUUGAACCAGUUGCUCAAGAGGCAGAAACCAGUUCAAUUUGCUCGCUCUGCCAUCCAUAAUUGGGGAUUGUACGCUCUCGAACCUAUUGCCGUAAAGGAAAUGAUUAUUGAGUACGUUGGAGAGAGAAUACGUCAGAAAGUGGCUGAAGUAAGAGAGAAGCGAUACCUCAAAUCGGGUAUUGGCUCCUCGUACCUGUUCCGGGUUGAUGACAAUACAGUUAUUGAUGCAUCUAAGAAAGGUGGUAUUGCCAGAUUUAUCAAUCAUUGUUGUGAUCCAUCGUGCACCGCCAAGAUCAUUAAAGUGGAUGGUAAAAAAAGGAUUGUAAUAUACGCCCUAAAAGAUAUUGCGGCCAACGAGGAAUUGACAUACAACUACAAAUUUGAAAAGGAAACUAACCCAGAAGAAAGAAUUCCUUGCCUUUGCGGAGCUCCAAACUGCAAGGGAUACUUAAACUGA